AAAUGUGAAUUCGUGAAACGUCAAAUCCAAAAAAAUGAAGCUCGGAGGUAGAACUCAGAAGUGAUUAUUAGCAAAGAAGAAAAUAAAAAAGUCGUUUGUAUUUGUAAAAAACAUAAAAACCUUUCUUUCUUAUUAAUAUUAAUACUAACCAUCACUUAAUAAAUAAUGUACUUAGUAAAUUUUCUUGAAUACAAAAGUAGAUCACAAAAUAUACUUAAUUUAUAAUCGUGUUUAUAAUCACAAUUACUUGUAAAUAAUAAUGGAAAACUCUUAACAAAUAUGUGAUAGAUGCUACGCAGUAUAAAAUAUGUCUCUCAAAUUAUUAAGGAGUAUAAUUAAGGGGUAAAAUAGUCAGAAACAGUGAUAACAUGGAAUCUAUUAAGUCCGAAACUCGGGAUGGAGUCUGUAGUGGUUGCUUAAGCGUGGACAGACAUACGAGCACUGUGGAGAGACAAGACUUAUUUAUCAUGCUGCUGUCUAAACCGGCUGUUUAUCUGGAACCCAAGUACUUACAAAUACAAUUAUGCUGGGAAUGCAAGGCGAUGGUGAGGAAAAUUGCGAUAUUUCAAAGGAAAAUUAAUAAGGCGCAGUAUGUUUUAGAAACGUCAGUUCAAUUAGAUCAGUUAAACAUACACAUCACACCACUAUCAUCACUACAAAUACAUCACAACCAAGACUAUGACGUCACACUAGAUCACGAUGAAGAGGUGGAAAAACUUAAACCACUCGAAACGUUACAAGAACUAACAAUAGAAGUGAAGCAGGAAACGGACGACUUUGAUUACGACGUGAAAGACGAAUACAGUCAAAGCGACAGCGAUAAGCCGAAAAAGAAGAAUUUUGUUGGCAAAUUUGAACGGAAAGCCAUAAUAACUAAGAACGAAUUGGAUUUGAAGAGAAUAGAGAAGUAUUUUAAGAAAAUGGUGCUCGAUAAUGCGGAGAUAGAGGAGGUUCUGCAAAGGGAAAGGGAUUGUAAGAGAGGGAAGAGUCAGUAUAGAUAUGCGUGUAAGAAAUGCAAGAUGAAAUACAAACGGGUUAGCGAUGUACAUAGGCAUGGUGAUUUCGCUCAUCCAACGGACACAUCACCGUUACGUUGCAGCGAAUGUAAGGACACCUUCGACACUCACUCCCAACUAAACGAGCAUUGGAGAUCGCAUAAUAUUCUAUACAAAUGUACAUUUUGUACAACGUUCUGUAGAUCGAAGUUUGAGAUGAAUCUACAUUUGGUUAAUACGCAUAGCCGAAUGUAUAGUUGUAAGAACUGCGGGAUGCAAAUAUUUUCAUCACAACAAUUCACACAUCACUAUAAGAAUUAUCACACAAAAUACAUUUGCGAUGACUGCGGCCGAGUUUUUGGAAUGAAAAGCAGUCUCGAAAGACAUAUGAUAAAAGAGCACUUCCCCCCCUACUGUCAAGUGUGCGCACGUCACUUUCCGAAAUACCACUCGCUUGAAGUGCACUAUCGGAAUUUCCACCCGGAAUUAAUUUAUAAAACGGUCAAGCGUGAGCUGUCGUAUUGCGUGGAGUGUGACAGACAGUUUCCAAGCCAAUACUUGUAUAAGAGGCAUCUUAGUACAGCCGUGGCACAUGUUCAACGUCCGCCUAUAAAGGUACCUUGCCCGGAGUGUGGGAAGAUAUUUUCUCGGAAUACAUAUAUGAAGAAUCAUUAUAAAUUGGUGCAUGUUCGUUCCACAAAACACUAUUGUGAAAUUUGUAAUAAGCAUUUCGUCAGCGGUUUCUCGUUGAGAACACACAGGAAGUUUGUACACGAAAAAACUGUGAAGCCCAAGGACAAAAUAUGCGACGUGUGUGGACGAGGUUUUCAUACGAACCGUACGCUCCUAAACCACAAGCGUACGCACACAGGCGAACGUCCAUACAAGUGUACGUACUGUCCGGCCGCGUUCGCUCAGUCGUACGCCCGCACUACACACGAACGGUCGCAGCAUAAGAGCGUAGCUGACGUGUUUAUAUUGCCCACUUGAAU